ACGGUGUAACCUCGGUACCAGCGUAUGUAAACACGUUCGAUUUCCCGUUUCCUGUGUCGACAACUAAAACACCUGAAAUAUCAACAAUGCCAUACAUAGUAGGAACACAAACACUUUUCCCACAAGCAGAAAAUAUAGAUGCAAUUGAGACAAGUAAAUGGAUAGAAGCAGCCGAAGGCGCUGUGAAAAUUGUCCAUUGCAUGGGUGGCCAGUUUUCAAUGACGGAAACUGAUAUGCUAGGAAAUAUAAAGAAAAUUCGCACCAGGUAUGAGACAGACACAGCAGCGUUUGAGAGUUUUAAAAAUCUUUUACAAUAUGAGAAAGACAACAAGGAGGACAAAAAAGAUAGUUCUGGCACUGUUGGAGGCCUCUGGCUUAAAAGAGGACUGGAGUAUUUAUGUGAAAUAUUCUGGGAACUUAUCCAAGAACAUGAUGCAUGUAAAAAGCCUGGAGGAAAAAGUGACAGUGGGGCUGUAAAAAGUGCUUGCAAGAAGGCUUACGAGAAAACUCUCACAAAAUACCACAACAUGGCUGUAAGAAUGGUAGUUAAGGGAGGUAUGAUGGCGUCCCCUUACAAAGAGACCUUGAUGGCCAAUCUGGCAAAUGGAGAGAAAGGGAAAGAAGAUGAGGUUGUUGAAGAGAUGAAAGCGUACGAGGCAUCAUUGAGAGCAUUCAUGAUUGUGGUAGGGCAGCUUUUCAACACCUUCGAUUACAAAGAUGAUUGUUUAGAAAAUGUUCAUUCCUAAUGAACAACAGUUAAAAAAGUGAAAUCUCUCAUAGGAUAUGUGUAAUCACUGAAGAGUAUAUUUUCCUAUACUGUUCUCAUAUCACAUUCAUAGACUUGUUUUCUAUCAUAAUUGUUUUGUUUGUUGAUGUUCACAUUAUAUUCAUAACAAUAUAAUGAAAUAAUUAUUUUUGUAUUCUUAUUUCGGUAUAUAUUAUGUACCUGUGUAAUAAAAUAUUUUUGUUUAUUUGAAUGUAAGGUAGCUAUUUAAAUAUUUUAAGUGAUUGCUUUUAUUAUUAAAAGAUUGUAUAAUUUUUUUUUUUUUUUUUUUUUUUACAUAUUUACUGUUUAUAUUCAACCCAGCAUAAGUUAUGAGCAUUUUCCUGUAGUUGAAGGGCCUUUGGCUCUUGAUUAGUUUGGCUUUUUUCCUUGGAUAGUAAAGUAGAAAUAAAAGAAAAUUGUAUGUUGAUAUAUUUUGUUUAAGAAUGUUUCUUUUAGUGCAGUCUUUAUCAUAUCAGCUCGUAAACAGGACUGUCUGUGCCUGUGCAUGUGUACAAAAGCAGCAAAUUGUUAUCGCCAGGUAGUGAACAAUGCACGUUCCUUUUUAUAACAGUGGACAUAUUUUGUUUUACUUUUAUUUUCCGUUUUAGUGAGGGUUAGGCUUGUGGCAUAAAGCAUUUGAGAAAUACAAGAUCUGUUAAGGUAGUUCUGCACAUUCGGAUUAAAAAAUAUUCUGCAGUGUAGAAUUUGAUUUAACCUUGAUUUUUGAAAAUAUCAGAAUAUAAUUAGAAAAUUCGGCAAGUAAAAAAGAAGGGGUUGUGUGCUUGAUUUUUUGCUAGACUGAUUUGAAAAAAUCGAACCUCACACAAGUUUUCAUAAUGGGAGUCUGUGGGAAAAUCACACUUCUGAUAACAUUUUCAUGAGUAGAAUUUUUAUUACAAUAUAGAUUUCAGUUUUAACUUUCAUAGUCUUUAAUAUAUAUAUUAUAAAUAACACAGUGAAAUAAAAUGUGUAGUUCCUUGUGCAUGUUUUUGUGAUACGAGGGUUGAUCCAAAAGUAAUGUCACUGUAGAUGUAAAAUCAUGUAUAAUGAAAGGAAAUAAACAAAAAUGCAUACCGAAGUACCUUUAUCUAUUUGCAAUAUUGUCUAAAAUUAUCGAUAUGCUAUGUUGCAUAUUUGUAACGAUAUUGACGUAUACGGAAGGCAUACUUGAAGCGAUCGCGGCACGCCACUGAUGUUAUUGACGUCCAAGACGACGUUUCUUACUGACUGUUAUCAAUAUUAAUUCCUUUUAAAAGGAUCGUCCUGGAUUUUCUAUACAGCGCUCAUGUCUGUUCACCCAUUACGGAGAGCAGCGACAUACCAGUCCUUUGAAAGAUAUGAAAAUACAUUUUUACAAAAAAUUUCAAAUGAUCAAGGUUCUGGAAAUGGACCCCUCGGAGUUUAUUUUUCAGAUGAGGAAAAAGCGCAAUAUCACACGGCGCCAAAAUCACAGGUCUUCCGGUUCUCUAACAAACCUUUAGUGACUCUUCGCCGACCCUGAAACACUCAUACCACCUGUAUACUAGUCUCCUGUUCACUGUUUUUGGUCCAUAUGUGUAAUUUAUCAUCUGCAUGGCCUCUAACGGUGAUAUUUCUAAUUUAAAACAAAAACGCAGAACAGCACGCUGCGAUGUUUUAACAGAAAUCGACAUAUUUGCUCUCAGCAUAAACAAGCGUUAACACUGUAUAGAUAUUUUCAAUGAGCGAUGACGCCAUUAAAAUUUCAACAGCAAAUUGCGGAGAUACGUGAUGUCACGUUAUAAAAGUUUCAUAUGAUUCAGCGCGUUAUUUUAAUAAAGAUCGGUGGCUGCAUUUGACAGUUUUGUUAAUGAACCAAUAAUAUUUUUGCGUGCGGCGAUAUAGCGUCAGUGGUAUUUUUUGAAUUCUUGUGCAUUUUACAGGAAAAAACGCCGGAAAUAAAUACUUUGCCAUAUUAUCAGAAUUGAAUUUUUGUAUACUCUGAUAUAUUAUCAUUAUUAUAAUCAGCUGAAUAAGUGCACCAUAGACGCAGUGACAUUACUUCUGGAUCAACCCUCGUAUUUGUCUAUAAUUAGGGACCAGUACAUUUCAAGACAGUUUUAAGACAUUAUUUAGAAAUUUUUAACAUGUAAAACAUUUAAAUAUCAGUUUUUAUUGUUAGAAAGACAGCAACGUUGCCAUUUUGAUAAAAUUUACUCACGGGUUGCAACUAAUGCAUAGAAUGAUUUUCAUUUCUGUUGCCGAGCCAAGGCUUUAUUCUAUGUUAUCUGGAUAAUUUAUGUUAAGCCAUUACUUCCGGUUUAUUAAGCAUGCAGAACUACCUUAAGUCAUUUUUCAGAAUUUAAGAAUUCAAACUAUAAGUACUUACCACUAACACUUGUUUUAAUUGCAAUAUUAUGGAAUUUCUUGUAGGAAGUAAAAGAGCCAAUGUAGAUUUUAAAAAGACAUUCCAUUCCAUCUAGUCAUUUUUAGCUAAGUCUUGCUGUAGUAUCAUUUACAGUUGGGGAUUUUUUACAAACAUUCUUUUAAGGUUCAUAUGAAAUUUCAGCCCCAAACCUUGUGUAAUAAUCAGAAGCAAUAAUUCCUCAAUGUUUUGUGUACUAUUGUACAUGUAAGAACAUCAUGUUAUAGACAUAUCUGUUACAUUGUACAUGUAUAUCAUGUUAUAGACAGGUCUGUAAUAUUGUACAUGCAUAUCAUGUUAUAGACAUGCUUGUGAUAUUGUACAUGCAUAUCAUGUUAUAGACAUGCUUGUGAUAUUGUACAUGCAUAUCAUGUUAUAGACAUGCUUGUGAUACUGUACAUGCAUAUCAUGUUAUAGACAUGCUUGUGAUAUUGCACAUGUAAUAAUUGUACAUGUAUGCACAUCAUGUUAUAGACAGGUCUGUAUUAUUGUACAUGCAUAUCAUGUUAUAGACAUGCUUGUGAUAUUGUACAUGCAUAUCAUGUCAUAGACAUGCUUGUGAUAUUGUACAUGCAUAUCAUGUUAUAGACAUGCUUGUGAUAUUGUACAUGCAUAUCAUGUUAUAGACAUGCAUAUCAUGUUAUAAACAUGCUUGUGAUAUUGCACAUGUAAUAAUUGUACAUGUAUGCACAUCAUGUUAUAGACAGGUCUGUAUUAUUGUACAUCAUGUUAUAAAUGGGUCAGGUCUGUGGUGUUGUAUAUGCACAUCAUGUUACACAUAUAUUGUACAUUUAUAUCAUGUUAUGUGCAGAUCUGUAAUGCUGUGCAUGCACAUCAUUUAAUAGAUAUGUCUGUAUUAUGCACAUCAUGUUUUAGACUGGUCUGUAAUGUUGUACAUGCCACAUCAUGUUUUAGACAGAUCUGUAAUGUUAUACAUGCCACAUGUUUUAGAUAGAUCUGUAAUGUUGUACAUGUCACAUCAUGUUUUAGAAUGAUCUGUAAUGUUGUACAUGCCACCUCCUGUUACAAACAUGUCUGUAAUGUUGUACAUGUCACAUCAUGUUUUAGACAGAUCUGUAAUGUUGUACAUGCCACAUCAUGUUUGAAACAGAUCUGUAAUGUUGUACAUGCCACAUGAUGUUUUAAACAGAUCUGUAAUGUUGUACAUGCCACAUCGUGUUUUAGAUAGAUAUGUUAUGUUGUACAUGCCACAUGAUGUUUUAGACAGAUCUGUAAUGUUGUACAUGCCACAUCAUGUUACAAACAUGUCUGUAAUGUUGUACAUGUCACAUCAUGUUUUAGACAGAUCUGUAAUGUUGUACAUUCCAUAUGAUGUUUUAGGCAGAUCUGUAAUGUUGCACAUACCACAAUCAUGUUACAAACAUGUCUGUAAUGUUGUUCCUGCACAUCAUUUUAUAUACUUGUCAGAAAUGUUGUUCAUGCAAAUCUUGUUUAAAACAUGUUUUGAAUUUUGUAAAUGCACAUCUUGUUAUAAACAUUCUAGUUCUAGUUUGUGAGCAGACAGUUUCAUUUUGAUGAAAAAAUGAUUGUCAGGGUAUGUAUUUUAUCACGUAUGUUAUGAUUUGGCUUAAAUUGUCUAUGCAUUUAAAA